UGGUGGCAGUCAGGCAGAGGACACACUCAGAUCAACCAGUAAUCACCAUCGUCUCUCACACUGCCAUGGUCUGUGCAAACGAAAAAACAACAGCAGCGCUUCCUAUUUUCUACCGGGAGUGAAAGUUUAAAGGAUAAAAAACAAAACCAUGCUACUGGACGCUACAAUCCCGCGGAUGUAAGCGACAUUGAAGACCAGAAAGUAGCCACCACCACACCGAAACCACGAAGACGAAGCAGUCGGUGUUUUUUUUGCACGCUCGGAGGGAAAGACGGCAUCCGGCCAGAGAAGAAGCUCCGAGGUCGGGGACUCCGGUCGGAGUACCGCUCAUCGUUUCUGGCCUCCCCUUCCUGAGAGCUCCAUGGAGAAAAUGAAGCGGUUCAAACGACGUCUCUCUCAGACGCUACGAGGCAGCCACACUAUAGACGAGUCGCUGUCUGAGUUGGCUGAGCAGAUGACCAUCGAGGAGAAUGGCCUGAAGGAUAGCGAGCCCAUAGUGAGGAAUGGUCGUCCUCCGUCUGCCCACAGUGUACACUCCUUCCUCCACCAGUACACAGGCUCCUUUAAAAAGCCGCCGCUGCGACGACCUCAGAGCGUCAUCGGAGGAGGCCUGGGCUCUCUAAUGGUCAUGCCUCGCAACGGCAGCCGCCUCGAUAUCGUCCAUGAGAACCUGAAGAUGGGGUCGGACGGGGAGAGUGACCAGGCAUCGGGGACUUCCUCUGAUGAGGUGCAGUCGCCCACCGGUGUUUGUCUGAGGAACAGAGGGAACAGACGCAUCUCUGCAGAGGACCUGAACAAACGCCUUUCCCUGCCGGCUGACAUCCGGAUACCUGACGGUUACCUGGAGAAGCUGCAGCUGAGCAGCCCCCCCUUCGACCAGCCGCUGAGCCGACGCUCCCGUAGAGCAUCACUGUCAGAAAUUGGAUUUGGGAAGCUGGAGACUUACAUCAAACUGGACAAACUGGGGGAGGGCACAUACGCUACAGUCUUCAAAGGGCGGAGUAAGCUGACAGACAACCUUGUGGCACUGAAGGAGAUAAGACUGGAGCACGAGGAGGGGGCGCCAUGCACAGCUAUCCGAGAAGUGUCGUUACUGAAGGACCUGAAACACGCCAACAUUGUGACGCUGCACGACAUCGUCCACACAGACAAGUCGCUCACACUGGUCUUUGAGUACCUGGACAAAGACCUCAAGCAGUACAUGGAUGACUGCGGGAACAUCCUGAGCAUGCAGAAUGUCAAGAUUUUUCUGUUCCAGAUCCUGCGAGGCUUGGCGUACUGUCACAGACGGAAAGUUCUCCACAGAGACCUGAAGCCCCAGAAUCUGCUAAUCAAUGAUAGAGGAGAACUCAAACUAGCUGACUUUGGCCUGGCGAGGGCCAAGUCUGUGCCCACUAAAACAUACUCUAACGAGGUGGUAACGCUUUGGUAUCGCCCUCCCGACGUGCUGCUGGGCUCCUCAGAGUACUCCACACAGAUAGACAUGUGGGGUGUGGGCUGUAUAUUUUAUGAGAUGUCUGCCGGCAGGCCCCUGUUCCCUGGCUCCACAGUGGAGGACGAGCUGCACCUCAUCUUCAGGCUGCUAGGCACUCCCACAGAAGACAGCUGGCCUGGAAUAUCCUCUAUUGACGAGUUCAAGUCCUACAAGUUCCCCAAGUACAAGGUCCAGCCCCUCAUUAACCAUGCACCCAGGUUGGACACUGAUGGCAUCGACCUGCUGAUGUCAUUCCUAAAAUACGAGUCGAAAAAGAGGAUCUCUGCUGAUGAAGCAAUGAGACAGCCAUACUUCAGGAGCCUGGGGCCACGUGUGCACUCGCUGCCAGAGAGCAUAUCCAUAUUCACACUGAAGGAGGUCCAGUUGCAGAGAGACCCUGGCUACCGGAACUCAUCGUACCCUGAGUCCGGCAACGGAAAGAGCAGAAGACAAAGCAUGCUGUUUUAGAUUCUCUGGACUGUAUUUUUUAUUUUUUAUUUGGGAAGGAUCUCCUAGCUGUACAGUCUCGCUGAUGGAUCAGUAACCUGAGAUGUAUGUUGGCGUGGAGCAUCAUCAUCAUCAUCACUCCCCCAGAACUACUUGGGAAACUUGUCCACAGUGUGACCGACCGCCGUUCCAGGUUUGGCCUGAACCUGGCCCAAAAGAGACAUUUAUAUACUGUACAUCUAUAUUUAUUGAGAAGAGAAUUUGCUGCUAAAUACAACUACUGUCUAGAAUUC